CAAGAGAGCAAUGGGGUUCGGGUUCAACAUCGCAUUCAUGUGGUGCCUUCUCAUCGCAUCAGCGUGCUUUCCAUCCACCACAUCAGCAGCCCGGUUCGAGGUAAGAAACGAGAUCUCCAGAUACCCAGGACGGAACCGGAGCCUCACGGUUAACUGUUGGUCAUCGAAUAACAAAUUGGGCAUGCAUGCUCUCAAACCGGGCCAAUCUAAAAGCUGGUCGUUCACGCCAAUAUUUAUUAAGAUACCGUUUAUCUACACAUACUUCGAGUGCAUGUUCUUCACCGCUUUUGGCUCGCCAUAUGGUCAGAAAGCAACGGUUUUUGCUGGGGAGAGAUUAUUCAGGUGGCAAUGCGAUAAUCCAGACGAGGAAGAGUGCAUUUGGGUGGUGAAGAGAGACGGGCUAUAUCUAAGGAGGAUCAAAAGAGACGAUAAAGGCCAAAGGCUCUAUGGAGAUGAAUUGAGAAUGCCUUGGAUCGGCGGUACUAACUACCACCCUGUACAAGAGGAUCCAUAAUCCAACCAAUUCAGGAUAUAUGUUAAAUCUCUAUUUUUGUGUAUGAAAUGGAUAUCACGAUACGGAAUCUAGAAGAAACAGAACAGCUUUUGUGUCUUCCCUUUAUGUAAAGUUAGCAAAUUUGAGUCAAUCCACAAUCAACUCCAACAGCAGAA